UCCAUCCCGGAAGUGCUCGGCCUCUGCGUGUUUACUGUGCACCACAUUAAAUAAUCUCGUUUUCUGACGAAAGCUUCGCAGACAGCGGUGAAACAUGUCGGCGGGGAGCCGUCUGGAGAACGCGAACCCGGUGAUCUUCCAGCGGUCCGGGGAGCGGUUAUUGACGGCUUCAGAGGAAGACGAAGACAUCCACGACCCCAUCGACGACCGAGAAAUCUUCGAUCUGAUUCGAUCCAUCAACGACCCGGAGCACCCGCUGUCCCUGGAGGAGCUCAACGUGGUGGAGCAGGUCCGGGUCAAGAUCCUGGACGAGGAGAACUCUGUCUCCGUGGAGUUCACUCCCACAAUCCCCCACUGCAGCAUGGCCACGCUCAUCGGGCUGUCCAUCAAAGUCAAGCUGCUGCGCUCCCUGCCAGACAGGUUCAAGAUCGAUGUUCACAUCACUCCAGGGACUCACGCCUCAGAGGAAGCAGUGAACAAGCAGCUGGCCGAUAAAGAGCGAGUCGCAGCCGCUCUGGAGAACUCGUCUCUGCUGGAGGUCGUCAACCAGUGUCUGUCCGCCAGAACCGUCUGAGGGUCCGUCCAGUGGCUCCUGUCCUGCUGUCCGUCUGCCAUAAAGGUUUCCAUCUUUUUGUGAAGUUCUGAUAAAGGUCACACUUUUCCAGAUGUCCAAACACAUUUUAUGUGUGGACAGUUUUGACACAUCGUAGUUUUCAUGCAUUCAAACAGUAUUAAAAGAUCUUAAUUCUUUUUAUAUAAGAAUAAAGUUUGCAUACAGCUGUUUGCAGAGUCUGCAGCAACUUAUGUGAUAUGUAUAUAUUUAAAAAUGGUUUUUGAAAUAUUAUUAAAGAAACAUGAA